AUGGUGCGGACGAUGCGACGGACGAUGCACGAGACGGUGCACGGCUUACCUGGGAUGCUAGGGAGCAUCGACUGUAUGCACUGGCAGUGGAAGAACUGCCCGACGGGGUGGAGAGACCAAUUUACCAGUGGCUACAAGGGCAGCCACCCUACGAUGAUUUUGGAAGCCGUCGCUGACCACCGCCUCUGGAUCUGGCAUGCCUACUUCAGUGUAGUCGGGUCGAACAACGACAUCAAUGUCCUCAACUCGUCCACCCUAUUCGCCGAUCAGUGCAGGGGUCGCGGCCCGAACAUCGAGUUCACUGCCAACGGCCGCAGACAUCAUAUGGGGUACUACUUGGCCGAUGGCAUAUACCCAAGGUGGUCUGUUUUUUUGAAGACGAUCAGUUGCCCAAUUGGUGAGAGGAGAGUCUUGUUUGCGGCAAAGCAGGAGUCCGCGCGGAAGGAUGUGGAGCGGGCUUUUGGGGUGCUCCAAUCGCGGUUGGCAAUCGUGAAAGGUCCGGCGCAUUUCUGA